CAAAUAAUAUACGACGGAUUUUGAAAAGAAAUUACUAUUUACCACACAGUGUUCGAACAAAGUAGUGAAAAUGUCGAAGUUUACGAAAAUAGAGAAAUUAGAAGAUUUAAUCAAGGACACCGUCGAUGGGCAAUUAGUGGAACAAACGGUAACUUCACUGUUACCUCCUGGUGAGAAUUUCGGAAGUGUGAUGUACAAAGUGGACUUUAAAGUGAAGAAAGGAGAUAAAGAGGAAGAAUACCAUGCUGUAGCUAAAUGUACACCAUUAAAUACAUUUACGCAAGAGAUUUUCAAUACACAGACAACGUUUAAAUCGGAAAUUGCUUGGUACACUACUGUAAUACCAACCAUUAAGGAUUUUCAAAAAACGAGUGGUGAUUUUUUUCAAAAAUUCUAUGGGGCGCGGAUUAGUUUGAACCCAGACAGUGAUGUUGUGGAUGCAAAUGGAGUUAUUCUAACUGAAAAUUUGAAAAUUUCGGGUUACUCAAAUGUUGACCGCCACUUAGGAUUCAAUUUGGACCAAUCCAAAGCCGUCUUGAGAGACUUAGCUACUUUCCAUGCCACACCUAUAGCUAUUAAACUAAAAAACAAACCCCUUUUUGAUGAGAAAAUCAGACCGUACCUACCCGGUUUGAAACCAGGCGACCCCGAAGCAAAUCCAAUAAAACAUCUAUCCAAACAACUUAUAAGUAUCCCAGAAUUAGCUCAGUAUGUUGACAGAAUUGAAUCGAAUAUAAAGAACAAUAGUGAUUCUUUGGACAAGUCUGUUAACGAACCGUGGGGUUCCAUAAGCCACGACGACUUCUGGAUCAAUAACGUUAUGAUCACCAACGAUCCAAUUCCAAAAGUGGUGAUUUUAGAUUUUCAAUGUCCAGUGUAUGGUUCUAUUACGGCUGAUUUACUAUUUUUUCUUUCCACAUCAGUUAAUUUGGACAUAAUCCGUACAAAUAUGGAUCUGUUAAUUCAAUAUUAUUGGGACGAGUUUGUUAAAAACCUUGUUGAACUGAAAAUAGACACAGCAUUGUUUCCCCAUGAGGAGUUCUUGAAGGAACUGGAUGAGGUGGCUCAGCGACAGUUCAGUCAUGCUGCGUUCCAUACGUUUAUUAUAUUUGCGGAAAAGGGUACUACAGCUCUUGAUAGUUCUAAGGCCGAUUUCAAGAAGGAAGAGUUUGAACACAACGAUAUGAGUCUGAAUAGCCGACACAUAACCAAAUACAUAUGGCUGGUGGAAGAAUAUGCGAAAAGAAACUGGAUAUAGAAUUUUAAUAGUGGACUUUAAUGUAUAUUAUUGUUAUUCAACCACUUAGGUAUCUGUUAUUAAACAGGGCGAGUCUUAAAUAAGUGCAAAUAUUUUUAGAGGUGGUAUAUUUUGAGCCCAGAAACAUGUCUAUGGGUAUUUUUCGGAAAAAAAAUAAAAGUUUGGUAUUUUU